CCAGUGGUGACCAGGGCACAGCGAGGAGAAAUGGCUCUCCCUGGGACUGAGCUGCCUUGGCUCGCUGUGGGGAGGAGCAGGAAGAUCCAGAUCCGAAACAUCCCUCCCCACCUACAGUGGGAGGUGCUGGAUGGCCUCUUAGCUCAGUAUGGCACAGUGGAGAAUGUAGAGCAAGUGAACACAGACACAGAAACUGCCGUUGUCAACGUGACCUACGCCACCAAGGAGGAGGCCAAAGUAGCAAUAGAGAAGCUGAGCGACCAGCAGUUAGAGAACUGUUCCUUCAAGAUUUCCUACAUCCCGGAUGAAGAGGUGAGCUCCCCUCCGCCCCCCCAGCGAUCCCGCCGCGGGGGCCACUCCUCCAGGGAGCGGGGCUCCUCCCCAGGGGGCUCCUCACAGCCCAAACAGCUCGAGUUCCCACUGAGGAUGCUGGUGCCCACGCAGUUUGUUGGUGCGAUCAUAGGAAAGGAGGGCUUGACCAUAAAGAACCUUACUAAGCAAACCCAGUCCAAGGUUGACAUCCAUCGGAAGGAGAACGCCGGCGCUGCUGAGAAGCCCAUCACCAUCCACGCCACGCCAGAGGGGUGCUCGGAAGCGUGCCGCAUGAUCCUGGACAUCAUGCAGAAGGAGGCUGAUGAAACGAAAUCAGCAGAAGAGAUUCCCUUGAAAAUCCUGGCACACAACAGCCUGGUGGGGAGGUUGAUUGGCAAGGAGGGCCGCAACCUCAAGAAGAUUGAGCAAGACACGGGCACCAAGAUCACCAUCUCCCCCUUGCAGGACCUGACCAUCUACAACCCCGAGCGCACCAUCACGGUGAAGGGCAGCACGGAGGCCUGCUCCAACGCCGAGGUGGAGAUCAUGAAGAAGCUGCGCGAGGCCUACGAGAGCGACGUGGUGGCCGUCAACCAACAGGCCAACCUGAUCCCAGGGCUGAACCUCAGUGCUUUGGGCAUCUUCUCCACAGGGCUGUCCAUGCUGCCCUCCACCCCUGGGGCCCGGGGGGCUGCAGCUGCCACCCCCUACCACCCCUUUGCACAGCAGAGCGGGCGGAGGAGGACGGGCUCCUCGGCCUAUCUGUCCAGUCUGUACGGAGCCCCCCCAGCUGGAGCCUUCCCCCAUCAGCAUCCUGUGCCGGAGCAGGAGGUUGUGAACUUGUUCAUCCCAACACAGGCCGUGGGGGCCAUCAUUGGGAAGAAGGGGCAACACAUCAAGCAGCUGGCACGGUUUGCUGGCGCCUCCAUCAAGAUUGCCCCAGCAGAAGGUCCAGAUGCCAGCGAGCGCAUGGUGAUCAUCACGGGGCCACCUGAGGCUCAGUUCAAGGCCCAGGGCCGAAUAUUUGGGAAGCUGAAGGAGGAGAAUUUCUUUAACCCGAAAGAAGAAGUGAAGCUCGAAGCACACAUCAAGGUGCCUUCCUUCGCCGCCGGCCGUGUCAUUGGCAAAGGUGGCAAGACGGUGAAUGAACUGCAGAACUUAACGAGCGCAGAAGUCAUCGUGCCGCGAGACCAAACCCCGGACGAGAACGAGGAGGUCGUUGUCAAAAUCAUUGGGCAUUUCUUUGCCAGUCAGACUGCCCAGCGCAAGAUCAGGGAAAUCGUGCAGCAGGUGAAGCAGCAGGAGCACAAACACGCUCAGGGAGCCGCGGCCUCGCAGCACAGCAAGUGA